AUGAAGACUUCCCUCAUCACCGCUUCCCUCGCCGCGCUUACGACUUCAACCUUUGCCGCUCCCGUCCCACAAGCAAACAUCAAUACCAAAGCCUUUGGUCGUCCCAAUGACCUCAUGAUGAAGAGAUCCGAAGACAUCACCGAAUCAGUCAAUUACAUUCUCGUUCUCGAAAAAUCCGCAGAUGGUGUAGACGCUUACCAAGAAGAAGUCGAUGCGGUCGCAGAUCCCUCCAAAGUUCUUGGGAAGCGUGGGGAAGAUAUCACGGAAUCAGUCAAUUACAUAUUGGUUCUGGAGAAGAGUAGUGAUGGUGUGGAUGCCUAUCAGGAGGAAGUUGAUGCAGUCGAGGAUCCGGCUGAUGUUCUUGGCUAA